AUGUCAAAAUCAGCACACCGAGAUACCAAAUCCCAUGUUUCUCACAUCUCACAGGAUUAUUGUGAUGUCAAAGAAGGAAAAAGAGGACAAUCUCACGAACUUCAUGAUAAGUAUGUUCAUCCUUCUACAAACCAUGAUCCUAAAUUAGCUUUUAAUCAAAAAAUGGACAUCGAGCGAGAAAGUCAAAUAGAGAUAAAAUUUGGUGUUGAGUCUUCAACAGUAUCUAAAACUUCUAAAAGAGAAAAGAAAACAAGAGAUGUCAAAGAUCGAGAAAGUUCUGGAUGUCUGCGAAUCCUAUCACCCAAUGAUGUAAAAGAU